AUGAUAAGAAAACGUGCAGAGAAAUUGGAAGUUUCCAAAAGCACAGUUCACGAACACUCAGUGAAAAAUGGCUUUGUUUCUCGCUAUGAUGUUUGGGUGCCUCACAAAUUGUCAGAACUAAACUGCAUGGACCAGUGUUGCAUCUGUGAUAUGCUUCUGAAUCACAAUAAAAAUAAGCCUUUCUUGAAAAAACUGGACUCUCUAAAAGGAAAAUCAUUUAAUGAUUUAGAUGGUAUCAAAACCUACCUAUAUGACUUCUUUUCCUCAAAAGCAACUGAGUUUUAUCCCGAUGGAAUAUUGAAAUAUGAUUCUGAUAUUUACAUCAUAUAA